AGAUAACGCCCAUUCGGCCUGGGACGGCCGGGCGGCGGUUGUCGUUAGACAAAAAGCCUAGUCCGCCAGCCAGGUACAAACUAGCUUUAGGCUGCAGAUGACGAGGAAUGUGUUUGUGCCUCGCUUCUCCCACAGGCCACCCAAGACCUUACUCGCGCGCGCUAUGGAUGCAUCCAAGUCACUUGGCUGGCGUACCGUGCUCCAAAGACAACGGCGUACAUCGGCGUGUCGUCGUAGUCCGUAGUCAUCGUUGUCGUCGUCGUCGCCUUCGCGUUCGUCUACGCCGCGAUAAUGGCCUGCAAUACGGUUCUUAGCAGUGCUUGUCAUACGGUGGUUUAUCUAGGCUACGCGCGCGUGCGGAAGUGCUACGAACUAAUCGGAACCUGUCCUCGGCGGCAUAGUAUUCCCACCUGUUAGUGAAUUUCGACCGCGAUCUCGGAACGCCGAUUCCCAGUUCGGCUACGGUUCGUUUCGUUAUGUAAUUACGGUGCUUGAAUUUCGGACCGUACCGUGAACUGCGAUUACGUGCGUAUGAUUCAUUUGACGACGCAAAAUGGAAGCCUUCAUCAACGAGAUGGUAGAACCGAGGGUACUGGACCUGCUGAUGCUGAUAUUGCCCAAAUGGAAGCUGCUGGUGUACAUAUUCUUGAUGAAUGUCAUCAUCUUCUCGCCGAUCUACUUUUUCGGCGUGAUCCUCAUCGACAACGUCGAGCUGCUGCUCAUCUGCCCAUCGGCCAUGCUGUACGGCUUCAAUCUCAUCCACCGGGCCCUGUUCGUAAGGCAUAACCUCAACAACACCCGCUCGAUGCUCGUGGGCAUUGGUUUCCUAUGCGUCGGAGUCACGGCCAGUGGCUUGGUUGCCAUGUACAGCGACGACCGGGGGACCUAUCAGGCGAUCGUACUACUCUACAGCGUGGUAGGAGGAUACGGUUAUCACUUGGUGUUCUCUAAAAUGUGGAAAGUCCUGGCGAAGAUCUUCAACGCCAAGACGGAAAUGUUCGUCAUAAAGUUCCUGCAUUCGUUCGGUCAGUCCAUGACCCUGAUGUUCCUGUUGGUUAUAUUCCACUGCCCGUGGAAGGACUAUAUUUUCGGGGCCUUGCUGGCGCUGCUCGGAGGAGUUCUACUCAAUCUCGUUCCCAUUACCAUCCUCAUAGAGAACGAGAAAAAUUUUCUGAAGCUGGACCAAGACUCGUUCAUUAAGAUUACCGAAAAGGGUAACGAAUCGUUCUACAACGAUGUGGCAAAGAACUUUACCGGCGUGGAAGCCGUUUUUCCGACACAGUCGAAUCCAGAAGCUGAACAAAUGUCGAUGAUGAGCUGGAAGAAUCCGGCCAACUACAGCAGACAGGAAGAACCGGAAAUUCCGACCGUCCUAGACGCAGACUGCGACGAUGACCUGCUAAGCAGGGAAGGCAAGUGCUACAAUCACGAUGGGGUUGAGAUACUGGAAAUUAUCAUCGAGGAGGAAGAGGACACCGUCUCGGAGAAUGGCGCAGAGGUCAUUGUGAACGUGCAACCUGUCAAGGCAGCUGAUAAGACAAAGUGGCUCACAUUGAGCCAGAUACUCAUAUCGAUCGCUGAGCUGUAUCGCGGCAUACAUGUACGACAAAAUUUCAACACCAGAAUCAUGAAAUCGUUGCGGUAUUCAGUCAGGGAGCUAAAGUUCUACAGCUGUUUGCUCCUCAAAUCCAGCGAUGUCUGCAUAUUUGUGCUUUUCCUGACAGUGCUACCGAGAUUUAUGUCCCACCAUUACAACCACCGGACCAAGCCGCGGCAAAUGCUCCUACUAUCGCUCGUCAUUAUCUCCGCUUCGUGGGCGACGUUUUCCCUUCUUCUGCUCUGGUGCGACAUCAAGCUUCGCAAACAGCAAGAUAAGCUACUCAUAUUCAGCAUUCUGUUCAAAGCGUUCGGCUACUUUUGCGUGUACUCGACCAAAUCGAGCUUCUGGACCGUGUCCGGGUGCAUUCUGAUAGGCGUGGGGCACGCGAUCACCUGCUCCUAUCAGGAUCUGGUCAUCAAGCGGAAGUUCAACGGCCGCCAGUGGAGCCUGGCGAAGGGUGCCCUCUGUCUGCUGAGCGGACUGCUAGUGGUAGCGAUAGCCGGCUUAACUAAUGUAGCUUAUAUCUACUGUAGGAUAGAUAACGUACUGUUGACGCUGUUGCUUGUUUACUGCUUCAGCGGGAGUGUGUGGUUGGUGUGCAAUUUUAGAAUUAUAUUUCGAUAGAUUUAAGUUAAUAAACGAAACGAGCGAAAAAACGAAUAUUUUAAUGGGACAAGUAUUGGGAUCGGUAAAGUAAAGCGAAUUAGUAAAUUUUACGGUUUGUACAGAAAGAACCAGGUUAUUGCCGUCAUUUUUCAAUCAUACCUAAAUAAAGAAUAUGACGCACUAUCAUUGCAUCCCCGACAAA